GAAGUCGCCAGGCCUAGUCCACGGAUCACCGUACGCACAGACCUACCACCGGCUCGGAGCAUCCUAGCGACCAAACCAUACAACUUGCGGAAAGAGAACAACUUAUCUGUAGUGGUUACUGGCACCAAAGUCACACUCUUAAGCAAAGAAAAGAACUCCACAGCUGAAUGGAAGGCCUACAAAGAAUAACUUGGGAUUUUGAUAUUCCCAACAGGCUCCCCAAAACAAUGAAGUCAGGAGUAAUCAUACUGGAAGCAUUCAUCAAAACCAAAUUGCAUCCUUGGAAAGAUAGCGAAAGGGAGGAAGGUGAAAAUAAACUGCGGGUGAACUGGCCGAAAUAUGCUAUAGCCGUUUGCCGUAUUACCAGCAUGACCAGUCAAGAACAAGGUACAUCCUUAUUUAUCAUAAGAAAGAAUAAGACCAGUCCCAAUCCCGAAGGGCGUGUCCAUUCAGAGAUGGUGCUGCUCCAAAGAAUCGAGACAAUGGCAAACUGUGGUAAAAUUCCAGACAAUUCAGAAAUUAAGAUUUUCCUUACAUUUUCGCCAUGUAAAAAGUGUACCGAUGAACUCCUUGGUACCAACCAGCAACCAGGACGCCUACGCGUACUUCGGGAUAGAUUUCGUGUGACGAUCAUCUUCAGUGGUUUAUAUUACUUAAGAUUACCUACUUGCUAUAAGUCAAAAUGCCCGGGUUGGUGGAAGAAGUGUCAGUGCAGACGAGAUGAUGAUGCAUUAAAAAAUCUGAUGGUUCUGGGUGCUUCACCUAUAAAGAAGGAAGACUGGGAUGAGCUGAUAGACCUCCUGAAAAGGUACGACCUCAAGCGGCAGGACACUGACACUUGGCAAACCCUGCAUGAACUUCGCUAUGGAAGUGAGUACAAAAAGUGGCGUGACUGGGAGGACGAUCGGAUGAAGAGAGGCUACGAGAUAAAGCGCUCGGAAUUCUUCCGAAAUGAAGAAUGAAGCGAAAAACAAUUAAAAAAAUAAUUUAUUAUGCAGUAAUUAUUCGGUGCGCAUCAAUAAAGUUUACACUUUGAAAAAGUCCUGGGAAUUGAGAAAUAUACAUCUGGAUCAUUUUUCACAUACAUUCUUGUGUUUGGGUCUCAUUUACCAAAUAAAAGUAAGAAAAAAAAAUUGACAGACUGUUACACUUGAUUGAUCACUGUCCAUUAUUGUAAAACUCGCAGAAAUCGGUUGGCGCAGAAACGCUCAUUUUCACGCUAUGCCAAGAAAAAAAAAAGCGAAAUCAACGUACGCGUACGCGUGCGGUAAAUACAUUUCUCAUGCAUGUCUUUUGCAAAUUGAAAUAAAACGGAUACAUUUAAAUAUUUUUUUUCAACAACUUCGCCACCCAAAUUAACAUUUUAACCCUAGGUAAGCCCAACCCUUUUUUGCCAGCUGGAUCAGAGGACAUGACUGAGUGUAAACAAGAGUUGAUUCAAGCUUCUCCAGCAUUAAUUCACGAAGGUUUUAUAAUUUAAAGUGGGACCAUAUUUUAUUAAAUACUUAGUUUCUCUACAAUUUUCCAAAGCUUGACAAUAAUCAACAAAAUGAAAAUCAAGCCUAAGCCAUUUUAUGUGAAUCACAGCUCCGUGUAAAGCAGAUAUCACAAUUGCCGUGGUGGUGGGGGACAAUGGCACUUUUGGGGCACGCCUUGGGAACAAUUUAGAACAGUAAAAGAUAUCUUCAAAUCAAUCUUCCUAGCUAACACCUACUUUUAUUCAUAUAACUGUUUCCAAGUUCUGCGCAAAUCGUUUUCCACGAACUUUUCAAAAAGUAAGCGGUGCUCACUCAAGCGGAAUGAUUUUCGACAGCUAUAUCGCAAUUUUGCUUAAGGGGAUCUCUACCAAUGUUAAAAUGAGGAAAACAACUUCAGAAUAGUACAAAAUAUAUAAUUUUACAAGAUUAUUUCUAAGUGUACACUUUUUUAUACGCACUGUAUAAUAUUGACUGGCCUCGAGAAGAAUACCAAUAUCGUCUGCAAGAGAAUCAUAUUAGUCAAAGUCAGGCAAUAUUCAAGUCAAUUCAAAUAAAUUAUUCCAUUUUCCACUUUCAAUUUCAUAUUUACAAUUGUGAUAGAAUUGGCAUAGUAAUAUCACAUUUGAAGUACAUACAAAAAAUAAAUAUCAUUCUAAAUUACAAGACAAUCAUCAAAUCGAGAUAUAUAAAUAAUUGAAAGGGAGGGAGGGCCAACUAAGAAGCAGAACUUGUAAAAUUUAGGCCCCCCCCUUAAUGUUGUAAUUACGUGUUUAUAGCAACUGAAUUACUUUUUUUGUAAUAACGAAACGAAA